AUGGGGCGUGGGGGCAUGAAAAUGCUGAAGAUUUUGGAGAACCUUCACGAGAACGACCUCGACGUCAUUCCUUGCUACGACGAGUCGCAGUUCGAACAUGCAAAUAUUGGCAAGAACAUGAGUUGCCAGACACUUGUCGAUAUCUCCAGCACGGCUCGAGAUGUAGCGACUGAAGAAAAGGCGGUCAAGGCGAAGGCUCAACACAAGGUAGAACAGAAGAAGGCACAUGAAGCCACCGACAUCAAAGCCGCACAGGAAAUGAAGCCCGUGUCGAAGCCUCCAAGACCUCGGAAGCCAAGAGAGAAGACUGCCAUCGCCGCAGCUACCGCUACACCUCCUGCAACCGAUGCUGGGCUUGGCACACAGAUAUACAGUCUUGGUCACAGCAACUUGCAAAUGGGCACUGGGUUGGCUCAGCCACUGCCUCAUCACAGCAAUAACAUUGAAGCUAUGACUGCUCCGUUAUGCAUCGCAGCAGUACUUUGA